ACACGCAGCCCUCUCGCCCAGGCGCCAGGGCUCCCUGGCCGAAACCCGAAGUUUUCUCUUGGUGGAGCCACUUGUGCGCGCCCCACGGCCGCGGCCCGCAGGGCCAGGAAGCGCGAAAGGGACCGCCGGGGGCCAUGGACGGGGCCGAGAUGGAAGGGCCGCUCUUUUUACAGAGUCAGCGCUUCGGAACCAAGGUAGUGGGGGGCAGGGGCUGCAGAACCCCUUCAGAGCUUGGGGUGGGCGGAAGGGGCCAGAAAGAAGGAGGGAGCGGGCGCGGGUUGGAGCGCGGCGCCGGGAGCUGGAGAGCCCGGUGAUGGUCUCGCGAAGUUGCUCUGCACACUCCAGACAAGCGUCUGCCGACCUCGGCGUACGCCCUCCUUGUUCCUGGAGAGACGGAGCGGCGUCGUCCUUGGGAGACUUCGCCCCAGGUCGGGAAGCCCCAGACGCCAAAUCAGCCUGAGCCUGUUCCACAACCCCGUAGGGGCCCGGCCAGCCCGCGUUCGCCCCGCUCCCUCUCCAGUGUCUCGCUCUCUCCCUAGAGGUGGAGGAAGACCUGGGCUGUGCUCUACCCCGCCAGCCCCCAUGGCGUGGCCCGGCUCGAGUUCUUUGACCACAAGGGGUCGGGCUCAGGGGGUGGCCGCGGGGGCUCGCGCCGCCUAGACUGCAAGGUGAUCCGCCUGGCGGAGUGUGUGAGCGUGGUCCCCGUGGCGGUGGAGAGUCCCCCUGAGCCCGGCGCCGCAGCCUUCCGUCUGGACACACUGCAGCGCUCCCACCUGUUGGCCGCGGACGCGCGGUCCAGCGCCGCCUGGGUACAGACGCUGUGCCGAAAUGCCUUUCCGAAAGGUAGCUGGGCUCUGGCGCCUCCCGAAAACCCACCCAAACUUUCUGCCUUGGAGAUGCUGGAGAACUCGCUUUACAGCCCCAUCGGGGAAGGAUCCCAGUUCUGGGUAACCGUACAGAGGACUGAAGCUGCUGAGCGCUGUGGCCUGCAAGGCUCCUACGUGCUGAGGGUAGAGGCUGAGAGGCUGACUCUUUCGGCCGUGGGGACCCAGAGUCAGAAACUGGAGCCUCUCCUUUCCUGGCCUUACACUCUGUUACGUCGUUAUGGCCGUGACAAGGUCAUGUUCUCUUUUGAGGCCGGCCGCCGCUGCCCCUCUGGCCCCGGAACAUUCACCUUCCAGACGGCACAGGGAAAUGACAUCUUUCAGGCAGUUGAGACUGCUAUCUGCCAGCAGAAGGCCCAGGCAAAGGCCAGUCAGGGGCAUGAUGUUCGGAGAGCUGACUCCCAUGAAGAAGUGGCAGAAGGGAAGGUGGCUUCUCCUUGUGGCCCCCAGGAGCACCUGGGCAACCCCCUAUCGCUGUAUGCUGAACCCCUAGACUCCCUGCGCAUCCCUCCAGGCCCUUCCCAGGACUCCCUGUAUUCAGACCCCUUGAAUAGCACACCUCGUCCAGCUGGGGAGGGGGCACAGUUGAAGAAACCUCUCUACUGGGACUUGUAUGAACAUGCGCAGCAGCGGUUGAUGAAGGCCAACCUGAAGGACCCCAAAGAGGAUCCCAUCUAUGAUGAACCUGAGGGCCUGGCCCCGGCCCCUCCCCGAGGCCUUUAUGACCUGCCUCAGGAGCCCAAGGAUGCAUGGUGGUGCCAGGCUCGGGUGAAGGAGGAGGGCUAUGAGCUCCCCUACAACCCAGCCACUGACGACUACGCUGUGCCCCCGCCUCGGAGCACAAAGCCUCUCCCAGCUCCCAAGCCCCAAGGCCUGGUCUUCCUUGAACCUGGUACUGAAACUGGCAGUGGCAGCAAAGGCCACAGCUCAAAUGCUGCUUUGUAUAGCCAGGUCCAAAAGAACGGGGCCUCAGGGAGCUGAGACUGGCUUCUCCAGAGCAGGGACCAAAAGGACUGGAGUCAAGUCAGAGAACUCCAUAUGAGAGUAAGGCCAGGCUGGGAGAGCUGAUAGGAUGACCAUGGGGAGGUGGCACUGGGGAUGAACAAAACCUGUGAAAACCAGAGGGAAGCAGGACGCAGGAGGCUCCUGGGUGAGACCAGGGUCUCAGAGGGAUUAGGGGAGUCGAAGGAUCAUCAAUCCCAACAAGUCCUAGGAAGUGGGACAAGUGGCAGGAACUGAGGGAUGGGAUCUGGGGAGGGUCAGCACCCCUAAACCCCUCACCUCCCAAAGGAAUGGACAACUGCUGGACCAGGUCUUUAGAAAGCAGUGUACGAUCAGAAUAGGUGCAAUUUCAGGGGCCUGUAUGGAGGCUCUAGGGGAAUGCUAGACUGUGCCUGAAUCCUAACCCCUCCUUUGCAUUGCUCUUUGCCAGAGAUGUAUUUAAAAAAAAAAUUUAUUGUCAUUAAAGCCAGUUUGGGUUUCAGAGGUCCAUGUGUGUGAAUAGACACAGAGGGGACACAGUGGCAGGGUGUGCUGGGUGGGCAUGGGGGGAUCAGGAGGAGAACCGGGAAUGUGUUGGAGGCCAUGGGAGGAGAAGGGGGCCCAGUGAGGGGUGCAGGGAGGCUGUAAAGCGAGCGCCUGGUAGUCAAGUCUGGCAGAGCUGGGUGGGAAUCUAGCUUUGUGAGUCCUGGCAAGUGACAAAGCAUUUUCAACCCUCAGUUUCUACCCCUGCUGCCCCUCUGUAAAAUGGAAAAAUUAACAAUGGGCCCUGCCUCACAGGAUGAUUUGUAUGAAAUGAGGUAAUUUUCUAAAGUACUUUGUGUAAUUUGAAGUCCAGAGUAAGAGUUUUAUA